AUGCCUCUUCAAUGGCUGCGUGACAGCUUUGUGGGACAAACUUUACGCCAAUUCUGCAAAAUCUCCAGCUUGAAAUACAACGAAGAGCAUCCCCACUGGCAUUGCUUCGACAACAAAGUCCUUCAGGAUGAAAAGAUCAUUCGAGUCGAAUGGUCUCCCGACGACGAGGAAAAUCCUCAUGACUGGUCAUCAAUUAAAAAGACCUUUGUUCUCUUCGUUAUUGGUGCAUAUAGCUUCGUGGUUUACAUGGCAGCACCAAUCUACACCCCAAGUGAAAACGCUUUUAUUGAAGAAUUCGGCGUGAACAAUGCAGAAGCCGCCCUUGGACUUGCUCUAUACGUGUAUGUCAAGGUUUUGAAACCACCAGAUACCAUUUUUGCUAACUUCAAGCACAGCUUAGGAUACGGAGCCGGCCCUUUAUUCUUCAGCCCUCUAAGCGAGAUCCCUCGCAUAGGUCGAAACCUUCCCUACGUUGUCUCCUUCGUCCUCUUCUGCAUAAUCAGUAUCCCAACAGCAAUAGCACCAAACGCAAUCGGUUUCUACUUCCUACGCUUCCUUCAAGGAUUCUUCGGGAGUCCAUGCCUAGCUACUGGAGGCGCCUCAAUUGCGGAUAUCUACUCAUCAGACGUGCUCCCCCACGCAAUGACAACGUGGGUUUUCUGCAUUUUCUGCGCUCCUGCUAUUGGUGUUUUAAUCUCGGGCUUCGCAGUCCCAGUCCUUGGUUGGCGAUUCUCAAUGUGGGAAAUUUUGAUUGCUGCUGGUCCGAUCCUCGUUCUUCUUUUGCUACUGCCUGAGACUAGUUCUGCUACUAUUCUGCAUCGACGCGCACAACAUUUGGAGAGAAUGGAUACAGAUCAUACCCAUGAGUAUAGGACUGCUGCUGAUAUUGCCCAGGCGGGCGUUUCUUUUUACGAGAUUGUACAGGAGUCCUUGCUGAUCCCUGCGAAGAUCACUUUCCUUGAUCCAGCAAUUCUGUUCUUGAAUUGCUAUACAUCUUUGACUUAUGGUAUCUAUUACUCCUUUUUCGAGGCAUUCCCAAUUGUCUACCAAGGCAUAUACGGAUUCAACCUCGGCGAAAUGGGACUUGCCUUCCUAGCCAUUGUCGUCGGGACAGUGAUUUCGUUCGUGAUCUACAAUUUUUACAUCCGCAAGAUCUUCGUCCCCAAGGCCAAAGAAGGGGGUGUCCGGAAACCAGAAGACGUCUUGGUUCCAGCUCUGUUUGCGUGCUUUGGACCGGCUAUUGGUCUGUUUCUUUUCGGUUGGGCUGCCAAUCCGAAUGUUCAUUGGAUCGUUCCGACUAUUGGUAUUGUCAUUUAUCCGGCUUGUGUGUUUAUCUUGAUGCAGUGUGUUUUUCUGUAUAUUCCCGCAUGUUAUCCUCAGUAUGCUGCUAGUGUGUUUGCGGCGACUGAUUUUACGCGGAGUGCUUUUGCUUGUGGGGCUGUUAUCUUCUCCAAGCCUCUCUAUGAGAAUUUGGGUAUUGGGCCUGGUUGCAGCUUGUUGGCCGGUUUGACUAUUGGGUGUGUGGUUGGGAUCUAUGUGCUUUAUAACUACGGGGAGACGCUGAGGCUCAGAUCGAAGUUUGUAUCUAAGUGGUGA